CGCACGGUCCAGUCGGGGACUGUGCGGAGGCGCGGGCUCUGGGCACCCGGCUCCUGGCGGCGGAAGCGGCGCCUCCAAUCAGGCAGCGGGCUCGCGACCCUCGGCGCACCCGGCUGGCACUGCCCACCCCGCGGACUGACUGACGCGCCGGCUCGCCCCCGCGCCCACCCCCGCCUCGUCUCCCCGGGCUCCGCUCGGCUCUGCUCCGCUUGGCUGCGCUCUGCUCUGCUCUCCUCCAGCCCUUGCCAGGCCCCUUCCCUGCCCGCAGCAGCUCCUCGGCUGCGCAGCGGCGGCCCGCUCGGCAGCUGCAAGCGACCAGAGAGGCGGCGGCGGCGCCGAGGAUGAAGUGCAAGCCGAACCAGACGCGGACCUACGACCCCGAGGGCUUCAAGAAGCGCGCCGCGUGCCUGUGCUUCCGCAGCGAGCGCGAGGACGAGGUACUGCUGGUGAGCAGCAGCCGCUACCCCGACCGCUGGAUCGUGCCCGGCGGGGGUUUGGAGCCCGAGGAGGAGCCGGACGGCGCGGCGGUGCGCGAGGUGUACGAGGAGGCGGGAGUCAAGGGGAAGUUGGGCCGGCUGCUGGGAGUCUUCGAGCAGAACCAGGACCGCAAGCACCGGACCUACGUGUUCGUGCUCACCGUCACCGAGCUGCUGGAGGAUUGGGAAGACUCGGUCAGCAUCGGCAGGAAGCGCGAAUGGUUCAAGAUCGAAGAUGCCAUCAAGGUCCUCCAGUGCCACAAGCCCGUGCAUGCCGAGUACCUGGAGAAACUGAAGCUGGGCGGCUCCCCGACUAAUGGAAACUCGGCCGCCCCGUCCCAGCCAGAGAGCGAGCCCUAGUAUGUACCGCUCCCGCCCGCCUGCCCGCCCAUCCAUCUGCCCGGACUCCUGCCUGUCGCCUCCCCGCACUUGCCUCCUGACUGCCAGGAGAGCACCUCUCCUGCCCUGUGCGCCCGCACGGGCAGGAGGGAGGCUUCUUUUGUUUCCUUGGCAGGCAGACCUCUGAAUCAUGCUUGCAAACUGUCUUGGUUGCCAGGCGCUGUUUGCAGACAAUUUGCACGUUUUUUUCAGAUGCUUUUCUAAUCGCUUCUUGGUGACACUGUAAAAAUCUUGCGCUCAGCCAGAGCUGGAUGGGAUUUUGUGAAAGGUGCCUUACUGCUUGCCCUGCUCUUCAUGGAGGGUGUGUGUGUGUAUGUGUCUGUCUCUCUGUCUGCCCUAUGAUGUUUUUGUUUGGGUCUUUUUUUUUUUCUUUAAACACCUUUUACAUGUGUUGUGCGUGAGUGUGCGUGCGCGCUUUUGAUGUCAGGCUUGUGGUUUGUUUCUUAGUGGAGGCCUUUAGAGUCCUACCAGCUGGCGGGGGAGAGGGAACGGGGGGGGCAUCUUUUUGUAUUUUUUCCCCUUGUUUUCUCAUUCACAGACUUCACAGUGGAUUUGACUGGAGGGUAUAUCAACGUUCUAAAUGUAUUCCACAAUCCUGUAAUAAAUAUACAUGAACGGUGACACUAAUUUAACAUAUUAUUCUAUAGGUUACUUUACAAAUUUGGUACACAUAGAGUUGAAUAUCAUCCUUUCCCCUCUUGGUUCUGUUACAUAAAUCCAUCUCAGUAAAAUAUGUGUAGUAAGCAAAAUUGAUAGGCAAAGAAAUGAGUACAAACCUGUUUACCAAAAUUAUAGCUUUUAUAAACCAAGCAUGUAAUUUGAUAUCCUAAAUAAUGCCAAAUUAUUGAAUAUGAUUUCCACUAAUUACCGAGUAAUCUAAAUUACUAAAUAGAUAUUCCCAGUAAGCUCCGUUAAGAUAUAUACCAAUCCUACAGAAACUGGAUUAUUGCUUUAUUUCUGUAUUAUAUACAUAAAAAUACUUUUCAUCUAUAAAUUCCGGUUAUAUGUUGGGGGUUCAACUACACAGUAUCAUAUUUUGACAUUUGAACUCUUUGACUAAUUUGAGGAGAUUGCUGAUUUAAGCAAACUUCAGUCUUGUUCUAUUAAUCAUACUUUGUGUCAUUUAACAGCAUUUGGAUUGAGCAGUAAAGUUUUCUGAGAUUUUCUCUGACAUCUCCAGAGAUUGUUUAUGCAAUUUCAAAACUUCCAGUACUUUCCAUUUCCAUAUUGCAUGCAAAAAACUGUUAUCACUCUGUAAACUCAAAUAUAUACAGCUAAAUAUCCUUUGUGGGGUUCAUUCUAGAAAACAAAUAAAUGAAAGCCUCCAAAUAAUCUUGUCUUUUUAAUAGACUCAUUUCAGGAAAUUCAGGUAGAACAGUCAACACAGAAAGAAAGAAAAUCCUGUCUCUAUCUCAUAGUCUCCAAAAGUUUGCCAAACAGGUGUGAUUUUCUCCCUGGAGUGGUUACUUAGUGCCUACGCAUUUUACAUGCCAAGUACACUUCAGAUGUACGCGGAAUUUUAUAGUUCAUCCCAUUUUCCCCUAAUCCAGUGUACUGAUGAAAGUUAAUUAAGACUUUUACAGAAGAUAGCAUAAAUUUAUUUUCAACAUGUAGUCCUAAAGGGCUGAUUUUCCCUCCAAUGGACAAGUGCCUAUGUUUAACCUUCAAAAAUCUUGAAGUCAUGCUGAAGUCAAAGUAAUUUUGAUAUGCUUGAUACAGGCAUAAGAUGUAUUAGAAACUCAUGUUUUGUUGUUCAGAUUGUUUUUGCAAGAAGGGCUAAAACAUGGCUACCAAUAAUUCCUUGGUAUGGUUUCCUUGGAAAGAACUGUUUUAAAGCUUUCUUUAGAAGCAUCAGUAAAAGAGGGAGUGUGUAAGAAGAACAGGCAGCUUGUAAAAUACCAGUCAGCAUGGGUAGCAGUGCUUCUGGGACACAUCUGGGCUUGCUUCUUUUCCCACUUCCCUUUCUGGGUGCUCCUUUCCAAGAAAGAACAAUGUCUCCUUUAGUAGCUGUUAGCUGGGAGGGAAGGAGAAGAUGCUUUGAACGUAUGUAAUACCAACAGCUAGCUAAGUUUUUGUUGUUGUUCUCAGAGAUCUUUUUGUGGAAGCACCUAUUGUAGUUAUGUUCCUAACUAACUGCUUUCCUUAUAGAAUAUGAACUUUGAGGACUAGGACCCAACCUGAAUCCUGCAUAACUCCAGGGCCUCAAAACGGGCUAAAAUUCAGAGACAUUUCUCAUUGACGCUCAUACUAGAAAUGUCUACUACCAGUGAAUUCCUGGUUUUCCCUUUUAAGCUUUGUAACAUACCUGGGAGAAUUGAUUUCUUUAGGCUCUCUCCUGUGCUGACAAGUGGAACUAUACUGGAUAACUCACAGUGGAACUACAUUGGAUAAUUCACUGCAGGCUUUUCCUGUGUGAAGGGUUGAUGAAGCAUACUAAAUCCUCAGUAAAUAUUUGUUGUCUAGACGCUACAGGAAUGGACAAACCACUAAAACCUUAUUAAUCAGAUUAUCUUUUUUUAGGUGAAUGGAAUAAAUGUUGUUCAGAUUUACUUUGAAAGAAUCAAGUAUGUGAACCCAGUGAUGAAUGGAAUUGUGAAGCACAGGUGAGCCUUUGACAUCCCCAAGGACACAGCUCACCCUAUGCUUUUGGACACUUCUUUCCUGUUAUUAACACUGGCUAUUCUUCAGGUUGUUGCACUACCACUGUAUCUGUACAGAAUUCUAUUUGGCACCUGUGGCCUUUUUGUGCUUUUGUCUGUAUUUCCCCAUCAGAUAUGACCUUGAAUGCAAUGAACUUGCUUUCGUAGUCUUUUUAUAUCUCGCAUACAGUACUUGAUUGAUGGUAGGCAUCACUGAAUAUUGUUUAAUAUUUUGUAAUAAUAGUAAAUGGUAAAACACCCCUCUUCUAAUCUCUAGCAUCUGUGUGGCUUUUGUAUAUCAGGUGUCACAUAACUAUUUCAAGGCAGCUGUGAGAUAGUAGCAAAAAUUCUUACGCAUAUGUCUGUGUUACCCCAGACAUUAUGUACCUCCUACAUUUGCCAAAAUUUUGAACCUAAAUUUAUCUGUGCCUAUAGACAUAAUUUCUCCUCUAUGGAAAAUACAGGAGAUAGAGAAACAGUUUACUGUAUAUCAAACAGAUGAGAUUCAUAGAAUCCUGACUUCAAGAAAACACAGGACAAGAUGAUCCAGUUUUUCAAUAUGUAAGUCACAAGGAUGAAAGGAAAGGGUAGAGGUUGAACCUGUGAAUUGAAAAAGGCUUCAGAGAGUGAUCAAUACUUGCAUGUAUCUUAUUUGGAUCCUGAUUUGAUCAGACUAUAAGAUGAAUGAAUUUAUCAGAGAACUAGACUAUUCUGAGUAUUGGCUUCACAUUGAUUAUUAUAAUACUGUUAUACUGAAAACAAGAAUUCUUAUCUGCAUUCAAAUAUUUACAGUUGAAAUGAUAUAAUGUCUGGGAUUUGCUUCAAAAUACAUCUAGAUAUUAAAUUCACUGGACAUAUUCAAACAAGAUUGGCCUUUAAGAUUGUUGAAGCUGAAUGAUGAUUACAUGAUGUUCAUAAUAUACGUUCAUC